AAAUAGUUCUCCUUAUAAAACGCAGUUGUACAUAUUUUGUUUAUUUACUUUUUACAAUCCUUUAAGAAAACAUUUAAAAAAUGAUUAUCAUUAAGGUUUGAUUUGCUUAGUAUGUGGCCAUAGAUAGGACUUGUUUGGAAAGUUUUCACUUUCUUAUGAAAGACACAUUAAGUUGAACAUGUAGACUGGAAAACAUGGAUACACUUGAUAUGAAUUUGAGACGUCUGUGUGUUUUGUGUGUUUUUUGUGGACUUACUUUUGGCCAGACUUCUCCUGUAAUCAACAACCUACCAGACGCAUACACCUUAGCUGAGACGACCAGCACCGAGUUUCUUCUGCUCAGUAUCGACGUCACGGACGCUGACGUCAACGAUGAUAUAACGUGCGUUUUCGGAGUGAAAACGACACCGAACAACGCGGCCAACUCUGACUUUCGGAUGAAAUAUGAUUCCACUACAUCCAAGUGGGGUAUAUACACUGCAUCAGGCGGCGUGUACAGUUAUGACGCCACAGCUACAUACGUUCUUGACGUUGAGUGUGACGACGGCACGGGCAACACGGCACAGGACAUAUACACCGUCUACAUAGAGGAGAACCUCGUGCCAGUCAUCAACAACCUCCCCGACACGGCGACCUUGUCUACUUCAAAGUCUGCGGGCUACACUGUGUUUCACGUUGACGUUACUGACCCGGAAAGCAACCAGGUGACCUUGACCAUGGUUUGCGACCCCACCGGCUGCCCUUUCGAAAUAUUCGACUCGGGACAGAUACAAUUGAAAAGCGACGCCAGCACGAUAACGGAAGUGGGUUAUGACGUCACGGUCACGCCUAGGGACCCGUACGGCACGGGGAUACCACAAACUCUCAGUGUUCUUGUUACUGACAUCAACGCAGUCCCCCAGUUGACGAAUCUUGGUAACACAGUGGCGGUAAACGAGAACACUGUUUCCGACACGCCACUAGAGACCGCAACGUGCACGGACACGGACGCCGGCGACCCCAAAAGCUUCACCAUGGUGUGCGAACCCUCAGCAGGGUCCACCUUCUUCACUGUGGUACCCUCGUCUGGCGUCAUAUCGACGACAUCAUCCAUUAUCAACUACGAGACCCUGGACGCCGCCAUGAUGACGUCAUUUGCGUGUACAGUCACGUGCAGUGAUGGCCAAGAUAGCUCCGCCGCCACUGUCACCUUUGACGUCGUUGAUGUCAACGAGGCGCCGGCGUUCCCGCAGAAUGCGUACACCGUCGCUGCGGACGAGGGUGCGGUGAACACCCUACUUCAAAGUUUUGGCUACACUAUCAUUGACGACGACGUCAACGACACGACAACCUUUACGUUCGACUGUGGCACAGACACCGGCUACUUCCUGAUAAGCCCAGCUGGCGUCCUCAGCUAUUCGACGGAAUAUGAUGUCGACGACCCGAACUUCUACCCGACGUCAGUGAGCUGUACCGUCACCGUCACAGACAGCGGCAACCGCACGGACACCGCCUCGCUCGCAAUUACUAUAUACAAUAUCAAUGAUAACGAACCAAUUUUCUCGGGGACGCCUUACAAUUGGUUCCUGUCGGGGUACAGCACCGUCGGGAGCAUGGUCAACACCGCUACCGCCACUGAUGCCGACUUAGGAACUUACGGUGCCAUCACAUAUAGCUUAGACCAGUCGGCUUUACUUGACGAAUAUUUCGUGAUCGACCAGAGCGGUCAGGUGUUCGUGAAGACGUCCAUCACACCACUGGGUCAAAGUGUUACCGUCAGCUUCGACGUGAUCGCUACGGACGGAGGAAGCAAGUCGACCAGCACCACCGUGGAACUCACAAUUACCCCGACCACCACCACUUCUACUACAACAACCACUGAUAGAUACCGGACUUUCUUCGAGGACGGACGGAACAUUGCGUGGUUCACGACUGCCUGUGUGCUGCUGCUGCUCACGGCGGUUAUCAUCACCUGGAUGUGCUUCUCCUUCACCGAGGACGGUGCCGGAUUUAUCAGCUGCCGAAAGUGCUACGGCCAGCCGGUUCGCCACAAUCGGAACUGGGGCGAGACUCACCGGGGAGAGAAACCGGAAACACCACCACCACCGCCGACACCACCAAAACCAGUAAAUAAGCCCAGCCCUGCAGGCGACCUGUUUCAGUUCUGGUCUACCGACGUCAAGUCCUGACCAUGUGCGGCGUUGACGUCAUUAAACGCUUUAUUUUUUACUUAAACUCUUUUAAUAGUAUUGUUUAUUGGACGCGUGCGUUAAGUUGCGUUGUGUGUUUUUUAAUAAACUUACGGGAAAGAUCUUGGUUAAAAUUUCCGAUGAUUUAGAGUUUAUACAGUACUGAUGCAUAUACCAGAGAAAGUUUUAUAUACAUUAA